AUGGUAGUGGGAUUUGUGGAUUUAACAACCAUUGUAUUGCUUGAUGAAGAUGGGAGGUUGUCCAGAUUGUUUCCUGUAUGGGUAUUCUUUCUUGGAUAUUUGUGCCUGGGUGUACUCCUCUCCGCUUCACUUCAAGUUCUAUUCGACAGGUUGGCUUCUCCGGAGUUGAUGAACUUCAUCCGGGGACAGAAGCUUAGCCAUGAACUCCUCAACAAAUUGAAGAGGAAAUUGCUGGUUGUCCACAAAGUGCUCAAUGAUGCGGAGAUGAAGCAAAUUUCAGACCCACUAGUCAAAGAGUGGCUAUUCCAGGUUAAGGAUGCUGUGUAUCAUGCGGAGGACCUGUUGGACGAGAUCGCUACCGAAGCCUUGCGGUGCGAGAUUGAAGUUGCUGACUCCCAACCUGGUGGAAUUUAUCAGGUGUGGAACAAGUUCUCUACCAGGGUUAAGGCUCCAUUUUCCAAUCAAAGCAUGGAGUCCAGGGUGAAGGAGAUGACUGCUAAGCUUGAAGAUAUCGCUGAAGAAAAAGAGAAGCUUGGGCUGAAAGAAGGUGAUGGUGAGAGACUGUCACCAAAAUUACCAUCCUCUUCUUUGGUAGACGAGUCCUUCGUGUAUGGCAGGGAUGAAAUUAAGGAGGAGAUGGUGAUGUGGUUGCUUUCUGACAAGGAAACUACGACAGGCAACAACGUCAUAGAUGUGAUGUCCAUAGUGGGCAUGGGCGGCAGCGGCAAGACCACACUCGCUCACCUUCUCUAUAACGAUGACAGAGUGAAGGAACACUUCCACCUGAAAGCAUGGGUCUGUGUUUCCACUGAGUUUCUUCUUAUCGGUGUAACCAAAUCAAUUCUUGAGGCGAUCGGUUGUAGACCUACUUCCGAUGACAGCCUAGAUUUACUUCAACGUCGACUCAAAGACAACCUUGGCAACAAGAAAUUUCUGCUGGUUCUCGACGACGUCUGGGAUGUGGAGUCUCUUGAUUGGGAAAGUUGGGAUAGACUACGAACUCCACUCCUCGCUGCAGCCCAGGGAAGCAAGAUUGUUGUGACCAGUCGUAGCGAAACUGUUGCAAAAGUCAUGCGUGCAAUCCAUACUCAUCAGCUGGGAACAUUAAGCCCUGAAGAUAGUUGGUCCCUAUUUACCAAACUUGCAUUUCCAAUGGAGACUCCUGCGCUUAUCCUCAGCUUGAACCCAUAG